AUUGAUAUCGCCUAUACAUACGCUAACCAGUGGAAGAAAUUUCAGGUACCCUUCUACUGGCUAGCACAACUAACCGGCGCAAUAACCUCCUCUUUCGUCCUGAAGGCCUUGCUUCAUCCUAUUAGAAACCUGGCGACUACAACUCCUUCGGGCACGCCUCUGCAGGCUCUAAUCAUGGAAAUUGUAGUCACCUUUAUCAUGAUGUUCGUCACCUCUGCGGUUGCUACGGACACCAGAGCUGUAGGAGAGUUGGCAGGCCUGGCAGUCGGAUCCGCUGUUUGCAUCAACUCUAUUUUGGCCGGGUAAUUAGAAGAGAGAACCCGGAAUUAAUUAGUGUUUGAUUAGAAUCUAUUUAGCUAUUUUAAAUUGAAACAUGAAUAAAUUUGCUUCAUUCAUCUUUGAUUCUAACUAAUUGUAAUCAACAUUCACAAAUUUCCUCUAAAUUCCCUCAAAUAUAAUGUUUUUUUACGCAUAAAAAUAGAGGGGCAUGUGCAUACAUACCACCCAAUUCC